AUGCAUCCACUUUGUAAUCCAAACCUAGCACCAAGUGAUUACCAACUAUUUUUGUCCAAGAAAUUCACUAACGAUUUACUAUUUUUAUUUCAGGACCGUAAUAAUGCCCAGUCAUCUUGUGCUGGUAUUUUUAUAGCAGCUCAUUUAGGAUUUGAUUAUCCUGGCGCUUGGAUACAUGUUGACAUGGCAACUCCAGUGCAUUGCGGUGAACGUGCUACUGGUUAUGGUGUUGCACUCAUUUUGACCUUAUUUGGCAAAUAUACAAACAAUGCUAUGUUGCAAUCUAUUGCACCAUCCGACGAGGAGCAGCCAGCCAAGCGCAUCUGCCGUGAUCGAAACUGAAAUACAUCACAUUUUUUUUUUAUUUAACAUUUUUUCCUUACUUUCGAAAAUAUUAACGGUUAUAAAUAUAAAGAA